ACGCAAGAGGGAUGACCACGCCGGUCAUUUUGGCCAUUUGUAAAAUCUUGCAUUAAAACCUAUCCUUUUUGCUAAAAAUGGCAGAUAACAAGUUAUAUGAUGUGUUGGGUGUUAGUAGAUCAGCUUCAGACUCGGAAAUAAAAAAAAAUUACAGAAAAUUGGCAAAAGAAUUUCACCCAGACAAGAAUCCAGAAGCUGGUGAUAAAUUCAAGGAAAUAUCAUUUGCCUAUGAAGUCCUUUCAGAUCCCAAGAAACGUCAAAUUUAUGAUAAAUAUGGUUUAAAAGGAAUGCAAGAAGGUGGCCAUGAUGGACCAGGAUUUGCCCCAGAUGAUUUAUUUUCACAUAUAUUUGGGGGUGGACUUUUUGGUGGGAUGGGGGGCAUGGGAGGAAUGCCUAGAAGGCGACAAAGAGGUGAAGACACUAUUCACCCAUUAAAAGUGUCUUUGGAAGAUAUGUACAAUGGUAAAACAGCUAAACUGCAACUUAGUAAAAAUGUGAUAUGUUCAGCUUGUGAUGGUAAAGGUGGUAAAGCUGGUUCAAGUAUGUCUUGUCGCACCUGCAGAGGAUGCGGUGUGAAAGUUACAUAUAGGCAAUUGGGUCCAGGAAUGACACAGCAAAUGCAAUCUCGUUGUACAGAUUGUAAUGGUGAAGGACAGGUUAUUAAUGAAAAAGAUCGGUGUGCUAAUUGUAAGGGUAAGAAAGUAAUCAAUGAAAUUAAAAUCUUAGAAGUUCAUGUUGACAAAGGUAUGAGGGAAAAUCAAAAAAUAUACUUCAGAGGUGAAGGUGAUCAACAGCCUGAUGUUGAAACUGGUGAUGUUAUCAUAGUUUUACAACAAAAACCUCAUGAUGAAUUCCAAAGGUCAGGCGAUGACCUAGUGCUACGACAUACUAUUUCUUUAACAGAAGCUCUAUGUGGUUUUCAUAUGGUUCUAAAACAUUUAGAUGGAAGAGAAUUGAUCAUUAGGCAUCCACCAGGACAGGUUAUUAAACCUGGAGAUUUAAAAGGAAUUGUGGGUGAAGGAAUGCCUCAGUAUAAAAGUCCUUUUGAACGAGGGAAUUUAUAUAUAAAGUUUGAAGUAACAUUUCCAGCUAGCCACUUCACUACAGAAAACAAAUUACAAGAAUUGGAGGCCUGUUUACCUCCUAGGCCAGUAUUCACAGUUCCAGAGGGUGAACAUGUGGAAGAAGUAGAUUUACAUGAUUAUGAUCCUAGCCAGAAAUCUAGUAGUGGACGUGGAGAGGCUUAUGGUAGUGACGAUGAAGAGCAUGGACAUGCAGGCCCAGGACUUCAAUGUGCACACCAGUAAAUUGUGGCAGUGAUAUCACAAAUUCUUAAAUGUUUAUUGCAUAUGUUGGAUGUUGUGGUUUGGCAGACACUUUAGUAUUUAAUCUGUGACCAACAUAUGUUUGGUAUAUGCAGUGAAUUAGGGGGAUGGUUCUAUCUUAAUAAAUCAAUAACUGUAAUAUUUCAUUUGUACAUAGUUCCAUUUCUUUUAUUGUCCAAAAUGACAAUGUCUUUUGUGAUUAAUUUUAUCAGAGAACAAGAAUGGCGCAAUAAUACAUAUUGCUGAGCAACUCUAGCAUAAAUAAAAAUAUAAAAUUUGCAACUAUUGUAAAUGUUUUAAUUUUAGUGAAAUAGAAUGAACUAAUUACAAAAAAUAUGAUUGAAUGUGGAACUUCCCAGUGAAAUGCAAUAAGGAAAAUUAAUUCAAAUGGUUAUAAAAACAUGUACACAUCAGGCAAAACUGUAAUAAUU